AUGCCUCUUCGUGCAUUAGUUGAUUUGGGUAUUGAAGAUGUUGACUGUGGAGUGCAUGUUAGAGUUCUACGAAAAUGGAAUGUGAAGAAAAGAGGCACCAAAGAAGAUGUUUGUGUGAACAUGAUUAUUGUUGAUGCUUCGGGAUAUCAAAUGGAAAUUGUUAUUCAUAAGAUCUUGAUCCCAAGGUUUGCUCCACUCAUUAAGGAAGGCUGCGUGUACUAUUUUGGUCAGUUCUUGGUUAAUAGGAACACUGCUAGCUUCCGUGUAACUGCACCGAAGUUUUGCAUCGUGCUCCUCCCUGAUUCGGUCAUUCUGUGGGACUCAUUGGUCGACCAGCUUGAGAAUUUCCUUUCCACUGAAUCUGAAAUUGGGGCAGUGCUCACAAUCACUUCUGUUUAUGUGCAUAAGUACCAUGGAGAGUACUUUUUUUCCUCCUCAUGUGCCUCUAAGAUGUUCUGCAAUCUGCACUAUCCUCCUGGCCAUGCUUUGCUCGAUUUCAGUGGUGGUAGUGGUGUUCCUCGCAGUGAUGGUGAAAUCUGCCAGAGUCUCAUUGUUCCAUGUUCUGUCAAAUCGAUGGAAGCUUUGAAUGCUGCUGGUCCCAUUAAGGGACUGACUUUCAAAAUAGAAGCAGAGGUCACAGAAGUGAAUGCUCAUUGGUCUGAUCGACAAGGUGCCUUUAUAGUGCAGCUGCUGGUGAAAGAUGGAAAUGAUGGUUGCGCUUUAAUCUUCAAAAGCAAUGCUUUCUGGUCAAUCACAGACUCAAUUUUUGAGAGUGCGGCUCAGUUUCAGAGGUCAAGUUUCGAGGUCAACCUGAAGUCCUUCAGGGGAAAGAUGUUUCAGUUCCUGGUGAAAGCUGUGCCUCACUUUUAUAAACCUGGAGCAGUGCAUUUUGAGGUUGUGAAAAUCUUCAGUGGCUGA